AUGUCUCUCCUGCUGGCUCCCUACAAUGAUUCAAUGCGCCUGGGCAUGGGCUUCAAUUCGUACACACAAACUCUCUGUAUCGACAAAGCCGUCGACGUCCAGCGACCCAAGUCGGUACGCGCUGAGAACCCGUCUCAGGUGGUCACAUAUUCUUCCAAAAUCGUCGAGCACCUCUCCGAAGUCGUCAGUUCGCUCAAUGUUUCUCACUGCUUGUCCAUUCGGAAAGGCACCGUGGAAAUUGCCGGCAAUGGAGACAAUAUCAACGAGGACAAAAUCAAGUCCUCCGAUUUGAAUGCCGUUGUCUCUGUCAAAGUCGUGAAUCAAACCGUUGUGGCUGAGGAUGACGCUCAGUUCCGCCCUAUGGGGGGCGUAAUUCCAGGCACGCAGCGAUUUAACGAUAGCUUCGGCGAUUGCUAUGUUUCUGGUUUCAUUACUGGAGGCGAAUUCAACGGCAUCAUCUCCAUGCGAGUAUUGGAUCGAUCAAAGGUUGCCAACGUUACGACAGGCAUCAAGAGAGGCUUGCGAUCUGCAAAGGGUGCCACCGAGUUCACUCUUGACAUGGACUCCUCUUCUUCCCAAAGUAUCAAUUCAGAGCUUCUGAAAGAUACCGAGACCACAAUCACUGUCUCAUGGAUGGGAGGUGGACAGGUGAAGGCUCCUCAAACACCAUGGACCAUGGAAGCUGUCUAUGCUGCAGCUGACGCGUUUCCGCUACUAGUUUCCAAGUGUCCACAAAAGACCUGGGCGAUUCUUACCAAAUACAAGGCCAAUCGCAGCUUCGUCGACUAUAGCCGGGCCAUAUCCUUCUCACCAUUAGAAUAUGAUCUGGUGGCUGACUUUACGUCGUCGCUGUUCGAUAACUACAUGGAAUACAAGCAACUCAUCAAGAGCGUUCAGGACAUGAUGAUCAACCCGCAAAAUUACAAAAGACGUUCACAAAUUUCGAAAAACUACGACGAUUUCCUCACUCUUGAUGUAGAUGUUUUGGUUGCUGUGCGUAGCGCGUUCCGCAUCGAAAUGAACAAGAUUGUACAGACUGUCGAUAUUCUAUCAAAAGACCCCCAUGUGCUUAAAACGAGUGGAAAAUUGACCGCCGAGCCAACAAACGAAAGCGUGCUCAAAAUCAUUCGCAAAGCUACAGGG